AUGACUAAUGGACAACCAAACCAUCGUAAUCAUGCUUCUAGCUCGAGCGGAUCUACUAAAGCUGAAAAACGAAAAGAGUAUCACAAAAGAUACUGUGCUGCACGCAAAGAAAAUAACAAAGUAUCUAAAUUUGGGAGUGGUGAUGCCUCCCAAAGUGCUUCAUCAAUAUCUUUAAUGAGUAAUAGGUCAACAGAAAGGACGCCAUUAAGAAGUUUACAAACUAAUAUUACUCAAUUUACACAAACAACAAAUGAGAACGCCUCAAGUGUUUCUACUAUAAAACGCAAGGAGUACAAUAAAGGAUGUUCUAAUACACGAAACGAUAAUGGAAUGCGUAUUUCAAAUGGCAGUCAAGUCAACCAAACCCCGAUAGAUGAUGUUACGCCGACAACCACAUUCCCAUCUGUAAUUGACGUAGUCAGGCAUAGAACAUCACGAGAUGGGAGCGUGCAAGAUGAUCCUUAUAAUUUUGUUUACAAUGGUGUACCUGGAGUGCAUCGUGUUUUAAAGGAACGAGGUGCAUGUCCUAAUUGUGGAGCAAAACGAUUUCAGUAUGAAUUUGAUACCUUUUGUUGUAUGAGUGGGAAAACUGUGUUAGCAAACUUAGAAAUUCCAGAGGAAUUGUACCGACUUUUCACGUCUCAAGAUGAAAUUGGAGAUAUGUUUAGGCAAAACAUCCGUGCUUAUAACACCAAUUUUUCUUUUGCCUCAAUGGGUGUGACAUUGGAUGAUACAUUGAACAAUAUGAGAGACGGCGUAUAUACUUUUCGUGCACAUAAAGGAAUAUAUCACAGAAUCGACCAAUUAGUUCCGAGGGAUGGGACCCCUAGGUACUUGCAGUUGUAUUUUUACGAUCCUGAUACUGAGUUAGAUCAUCUUGAUCGGCGUAUUACUCAGAUUUUAACACGUGUUCUUUCUACAAACCCAUAUGUCGAUACAUUUAGAAGACUUGCGGAACUAGGACCUCUGGACAACUAUAGAGUCACUUUGAAUACUUCGGUUGAACUUGACCAAAGGGUGUACAACCGACCAACGACAUCGGAGGUUGCUGGUAUUUGGGUUGAAGGUAAUGACAAUAUCACUUCGUAUAAACGAAGUAUUGUUGUGUACGGUAGGUCUGAAUAUAGUCAAACUAUUCAGCCGUACUUCAGCUGUUACGAUCCAUUGUUGUAUCCUAUAUUUUUUCCUAAUGGUGAGUCGGGUUGGCAUGGUAACAUACCACGUCACGGAGUAUCAAUCAAUGAGGUUCGCAACAAUGACAACAUCGAAGGAGAAAUGGAAGAGGCAAACACACGAAGUGGUAGAACAACCGUGGCUAUGCGAGAGUACUACUGUUACAAGUUCCAGAUUCGAUCUACCGAUAAUUUGCUUUUGUUCGGUGGUAGGCUGCUACAGCAGUUUGUGGUUGAUGUUUACAUCAAAAUUGAGACGUCAUGCUUAGAAUUUUGUGAGAGAAACCAGGCUAAGAUUCGGGCCGAAUUGUACCAAGGUAUUGUGGAUUGCGUCAAUACUGGUGAGGUUCAUGCAAACAGAGUCGGGAAAAGAAUUGUGUUGCCUGCAUCUUUCAUCGGGGGGCCUCGCGACAUGCGACGUCGGUUUCUAGACGCGAUGACGUUAGUUCAAGAUGACGGCAAGCCUGAUAUAUUCCUUACAAUGACAUAUCGUCCAGACCUUGUUUCAAUAGUGUUCCGGGCUAAAUUAGAAGAUCUUAAGGAUCAACUCUUCAAGAAACAUGUCCUCGGGGAAGUUAAGGCAUACGUCUAUGUCAUUGAAUUUCAAAAGCGGGGUUUGCCGCACGCACAUUUUCUCCUAAUCAUGUACCCGCAACACAAGAUCAAUAACGCGGACCAUUAUGAUAAGGUUGUGUGUGCUGAAAUUCCUAACAAACUAACACAUCCCAGAUUGCAUGAGAUGGUUGUCAAGCACAUGAUUCACGGUCCUUGCGGCAAUUUACGAUCAAGCAGUCCUUGUAUGCAGGGUGAUCCUAAAAUUUGUCGUUUUCACUAUCCUAGACAAUUUAACGAAGGAGAGACACCGGGAUAG